AUGAAGUUCUCCAUCGUCCUCGCCCUCCUCCCCCUCGCCCUCGCCGCCCCUGGCACCGCCCCCGAGGCUGCCGCCGCCGCCGCCAAGCAGCCCUGCUGCUCCGACUGCGAUACCACCCUCUACAAGGCCUGCCGCGACUCCUGCUGGGACCGCGGCUACUUCAGCUACUGCACUUACCAGUGCGUCAUGGACAGCAACAACUGCCUCGCCAACUGCAACAAGUCCUGCAAGGCUUAA